GGCUGUCGCUGAUCACGUGACACAUGUAGGGCGCCGAUCCCUGGAUGGUUGGUCGAGGAACACGUGUCCUUCCCGUGCUUGGCGUGCAAGUAUAGCUCCCCUAGCGGUUGAUGAAGUAGGCUCGCCGCUUCCCCUGUCUGGGUUUGUUUGGAUGAUUCUUGCAUCUAUAAGAAUGGGUUACUAACUGGCACACUGGAGCUGAAAAUGACGGCCCUGCUGAGCCCCCCUCAGGCUGCAGCUCUUGCCGUCAGAUAUGCAUCCAAGAAGACAGGUGGCAGCUCCAAAAACCUUGGUGGAAAGUCACCAGGCAAACGCUUUGGCCUCAAGAAAAUGGAGGGUCACUAUGUUCAUGCUGGCAACAUCAUUGCGACUCAGCGCCACUUCCGCUGGCACCCAGGUGCCCAUGUGGGGCUGGGGAAGAAGAAGUAUCUGUACGCUCUGGAGGAGGGCGUCGUCCGCUUCACUAAAGAGGUCUACGUGCCCAACCCCAGCAACUCGGAGGCUGUGGAUCUGGUCACCAGGCUGCCCAAGGGUGCUGUGCUCUACAAGACGUUUGUCCACGUGGUUCCUGCCAAGCCUGAGGGCUCCUUCAAGCUGGUAGCUAUGCUUUGAGCUCCUGGUGGAGGCCACUGGACAGAGACUGGAGUCCAGGUACCAGGAGCAGGUGGUACCAGAAGUCAGGGGU